CGUCGCACAGUCAAGAUAAAGUUCCGAACCUCGCCUUUUGUUGUGAGCGGCCCAGUCGGCAUCCUCCCGCUCUCACCCUCGAAUGUCUGACAACAAGGGCGGCGAGCCCAGGUGCCGUCAUCGCUCGUUUUCUGCGAUGUUCUUCGUCCUCGCAGGACGCGCGGAGAGUCGCUGCCUCCCUCCGAAGAAUAGUCCCGCUCAGCGCCCAGCCACCUUCCCGUCCUUCUCUCGCUCUUCAUCAUCUUCCAAUCUUCCAGUCUCGCCUAGCCGCAUCCAAUUUGCCUUGGCUUUAGUGUCCCGUUUGAUCAACAAUUCAAUUGAGAUACGAUGAAUUGCCCCAGGAACUCGCCCGCGAAUCG